AAACAAACACAGUUUUCUCUCUCUAAAAAACUCUCACUUUCAGUGUCCCCUCUCUCUCUAUCUUCAUGCCUUAUAUAUAUAGCUCAUUCGAGACUAGGUAAGCAAUCGUUGUUUCUGCUUUUCAAAGCCUCAAACUUCAACUUUACACAGAGAAAAGGUGAAAAAUCAGCCUGUCCCUUUUCAUAAUUACAUUCUACGACUUCUCUAUUGGGUUACAAAUCCACAACUCAAGGAAUCGAAGACCAUAUAGGUCGCCAUAAACCUUUUUCAUUCUCGAAUGGGAAUUUCUUAUUCAUGCCUGUUUGAUGUAUACUGUGAUUUGGAGAAGGCCUUAGAAUUUGUUACUGAGAAAUCUAUUUGCUUUGGUGAUGAUGACGCUAAAACGUCUGUGGAAUCUACUAAUUUUGGUAGUCAAGAUUUGGAGACCAAGAUAUUGAAAUAUUUGGGCUCUGGGAAGAUGAGAGUGGAAAGAUCUGUUAGCUUUAAUGGGGGAGAUUUGGAAAUUUGGAUGCCUAGUAAAGAUCCUUCAGUGGACCAAAAAAAGGAUCCUGCAGUUGUAUCAGUUAAUGCAGAGAUUAAAAUGAAGGAUGAUCAGCCACAAAACGCAGAUAAUGAUGUAGUAGCACUCCAAAAAUCUCCAAUUUUCGAUCCUGCCAAUCCCAAACAUCAAGCUGCUGUAAAAUUGCAGAAAGUGUAUAAAAGCUUCAGAACUAGGAGAAAGCUUGCAGACUGCGCAGUCCUUGUUGAGCAGAGCUGGUGGAAACUUUUAGAUUUUGCUGAACUCAAGCACAGUUCUAUAUCUUUCUUUGAUAUUGAGAAACACGAAACUGCUAUUUCACGUUGGUCAAGAGCAAGAACAAGAGCUGCCAAGGUUGGGAAAGGUUUAUCAAAAAAUGAAAAAGCUCAAAAGCUUGCUUUACAACAUUGGCUUGAAGCGAUUGAUCCACGCCAUCGAUAUGGACAUAACCUACACUUCUAUUAUGUAAAAUGGCUUCAUUCUAAGAGUAGAGAACCUUUCUUUUACUGGCUAGAUAUAGGCGAAGGCAAAGAAGUAAAUAUUGUUGAAAAAUGUUCUCGAUCCAAACUUCAACAACAGUGCAUCAAGUAUCUUGGUCCGAUGGAAAGGAAGGCUUAUGAAGUUGUUGUGGAGGAUGGGAAGUUCAUUUACAAACAGACAGGGAAGCUGCUUCACACCACCGCAGAUGCCAAGUGGAUUUUUGUCCUAAGUACAUCUAAGAUCUUGUAUGUUGGCAAGAAAAAGAAAGGCACUUUCCAGCAUUCUAGCUUCUUGGCUGGAGGAGCCACAAUUGCUGCUGGCAGAUUAAUCAUUGAAGGUGGCAUUCUUAAGGCAGUUUGGCCUCAUAGUGGACAUUAUCGGCCUACAGAAGAAAAUUUUAAGGACUUCCUUUCAUUUCUCCGAGAAAACAAUGUGGAUCUCACUGAUGUAAAGACUAAUCCAGUGGAUGAGGAAGGAGACUCGCUUGAUAAGCUAAGAAGCAGUAGACAUAUUAGAAGCCACUCAUCUGAUGAGGACUUGAUCCAAACUGUGAAUGGCCUAGAGAAUGAAGAAAUCAAUGCUGAAAACUGGACAACAGAGACCACUGAUCUGAUGCAAGAUGGGACUUCUGCAGCAUUGGAAGAACAGAAGCCGGGACCACUCCGCAACUCCAGUCGGCUGUUGACCAAUCUUGAAAUACCAAAGAGGGAUGAACAGUUUGACUAUUUAGAGAGUGAAAAUUCAACUCCUGGACCAACCAGCAAGAAUGAGUCUGCAGACCCUCUGGAAAAAGAUGGUUACGAAUCUGCAGAUGAAAGAUUCAGUAUUGAACAGGGUGAUGAGUUUCCAGAGAAAAAAGUUAAAGAAGACGAAGACAAUGAAGUAGAAGACAUUCCGAAAGAAGCAAUCCUUCAAAGGAUAAAUUCAAAGAAGGGAACAAAGUCAUUUCAGUUGGGCAGAAAGUUGUCCUGCAAAUGGACAACUGGAGCAGGCCCACGUAUAGGCUGUGUUAGGGAUUAUCCGUCGGGGCUCCAGUUCCGAGCUUUGGAACAAGUGAACUUGUCUCCAAGAAGGAUAGUCCACUCGAACAGUAUCAGUGGGUUCAGCCAAAAGCUGUCGUUGCUAACUGGGUUUGGUGGAGCAGCAGCCGCGACCAAUGAUCCACCGAUGCUUGACAAGGCGAAUGCGAUGUACAGAAGCCUUCCAAACUCUAGAACACAGUCCUUCAAGUGUGGGAAUGACAUCAGUAGAUAAAAUGUGGCGUUAGUGAGAAUUAGUUUGUAACUUAUUUGUGAAUAGAAAAGAUGAUAUAGGGAUUCAUUAUCAUUCAUUUUCUUUUCUACAUUUUAUACAUUUUUUCUUUUUUUUUGGCUGUUCAUUCAUGUUGUACCAUAUGAGAUGAAAUUUGUAAGAUCUUGUGGGAUUUUGAAACCCCCUUAAUACAAAAAGGAGAUAUUCUUUCAUUUUUCGGAAUUGGAUA